ACAGCACUAGGGUGCUACAAGCUGUGUGUGUGUGUGUGUGUGUGAAAUUGGCAACUCUAGAUAUUGGAAAUGAAUUGUAUUUCUGAUCCAGGAGCAAAGCUCCUCUACAUUAGUGUCGUCUUUGUGUUGUGCUUUACUGAGUUGGCAUCUCUUUUUCUCCAGUAGGUGGGCUUGUGCCUGCACCUCAGAUGUGGUUAGCGCGCCAGUAUUUGGUCUGGUACACAGUGAAUGGUUGUGAUUUGACUGAUGUAGUAGCGAAGCCAAAAUAAGCUGAGCACUGCAAAAGAACACAUUUUUCUUCCGUGUGACGAGUGUAUCUCCUUUAACUGACUUUGCGAGGGUGCAGAACUAUUAAGCGAUUCUCCUGUUAAUAUUGAUUUGACAUUUUAGUUCACUGUUUCAUUUAUGAAACUGUCAUUGCGAUUUUAAUGCGUUUGACUGGUUUCCAUGACGGUGCAGUAGGUUAUUAUUUUAUAUUAGAUUGCUAUCGAUUUUUUUUCAACUCUUUCAGUAAUUUUACACAAACGCUGUGUCGAAAAGAAAAUCUUUUGUUCCGAAACCAAGGCAGGCUGCGGUGCGAGAACGGAAAGUCAGCUUUCAGCAUUUGUCAGAAAAGUCAUAGAGUCAAAUGUCCGCUGGAUGGUGUGAGAGAUGAUCACCACAAAACUCUCGCGUUUGCUGUAUGGGGAGCUGUGAAGACAAGAGAUGGAGAAGCGAUUCCAACCAGACUGAUGGUUAAUAACUCCAGUAAAGCAGUCAGGAAGAAUGUGCUCCCACGUUUCGAGCACACGGUGGAAGGCUGGAAAAGCAAUGCAUCUUUAGUAAUCAAGAUCAGGAAGGAUAUCCUUCGCUUUUUAGAUGCUGAGAGAGAUAUAUCAGUGGUGAAAAGCAGCUUGAAGCCAGGAGAUAUAAUUCAUUAUGUGCUGGACAGACGCCGGACCCUCAACAUCUCUCACAAUUUGCACAGGCUUCUCCCUGAAGUGUCCCCAAUGAAGAACAAGAGAUUCAGCUCUUGUGCCGUUGUUGGAAAUUCUGGGAUUCUUCUGGGUAGUGGAUGCGGAAAGGAGAUUGACAGCCAUGAAUUUGUAAUAAGGUGUAACCUUGCACCCCUUGUAGAAUACGCCGAUGAUGUCGGACUCAAAUCUGAUUUUGUCACUAUGAACCCAUCAGUCGUGCAAAGAGCUUUCGGAAGUCUUCGGAGUGAGACAGAUCGAGAGAAAUUUGUCGACAGACUGACAGUAUUGAAUGAUAGUGUUCUGUGGAUCCCUGCGUUCAUGGUCAAAGGUGGGGAAAAAUACGUUGAAUAUGUAAAUGAACUGAUACUGAAGAACAGACUGAAUAUUCAGACAGCGUACCCAUCCCUGCGGCUAAUACAUGCUGUCCGAGGAUACUGGCUGACAAACAAGAUUUACAUCAAGCGACCAAGCACUGGCUUACUGAUGUACACACUUGCAACUCGAUUCUGUGAUGAAAUUCACCUUUAUGGAUACUGGCCCUUCCCUAAAGAUUCAAAAGGAGUACCAGUUAAAUACCACUACUAUGACAACCUAAAGUAUAGAUAUUUUUCUAAUGCUGGGCCACAUCGGAUGCCACUGGAAUUCAAAACAUUAAAAUCUUUACAUGACAAAGGAGCUCUGAAGUUAACAACGGGGAAAUGUGUGUAACCCUAGAAGCCACAGCUAAAAACCAGAGCUAGUGCAACAUUUGCACACUAUAGAUUUUAUGUGAAAAGAUAACGCCUCAGUAAAAAUUACAACAAUGCUGUAAAGUGCCCAUUCGCCCAGCUGCAUUUACAGCCUCGGAUUGUUGUGAAGAAAUAAUAAACAUAAUCGCACUGUGAGGAGCAAAGAUCAAGCAGUGAUGUGUUAACAGUGAUUGAGUAUUGAUUGACAGAAUGGUUCAGGCCUGUGAUCACUGUCAUCAGAAGUAGGGCUCUGCAUUUGUUGUAGCCUUAGAAGACCUGAGAAAUAAUCAGGCUCAGUGUUAACUAGAGGUCAGUAUUUGUCUUGAGCAACUGUCUCAGUAAGCAAUCAAUGCCAAAGUGCUUUCAAAGUGUUAUACAUCUGAGUUACAGUCUCAAGCCACAACAUUCUUUCUACUUAUGUGAAUCAGCCAAGGGUUAUAUCAGUUAUAAGAGUCAUGAGAGGACUGAAGGUCUGUUAACACCCCAGUUCGGUGUCGUUCCGUAGUUUUAUAGCUCAAUGAAUGUAAAGCAGUUGUCUAAUGUAGUGUGCUGAAUGUGAACUGUAAAAAGUUAAAGGUGCCCUUUCUGCUGGUACCAAAGAUCUUUAUACACUGAUCCUGUAAGAAGUUACUUGUAGAGACAAACAUUUCGGGAAUUACUAGGGUAAAGUGUCUUGUGCAAUUACUACAUGGUUUCAGGAGGAAGAAACAGGAGAUAAAGAAGUGGACGGAAUAAAAAGCACAAGUCUUAUAUAAACAGAAGCACAGAUUACCAGAUCCUUAAAGCAUGAGGAAUUGUUUGAUUUCAAUCAAAUUGGUACAUAUCAAAAGUUUACUCAUUAACCAAUUCCUCUGCCAAGCCUUCUGAAUCACGCUGAGUUUUGGAAAUACCCUACUAAUGAUGCAUUUCCUUCUUAACCACAGAACUACCAUCAGCAUCAUUUCUCCUUUCUGUAAAUAUUAUGUAAUGUAUUUGGAUCAAAUUGUAUAUUCUGUGGUAGCAUUGUAAAGUUCUUGCUUACUUUUAAAUUAUUUGUUUAUGCAAUUCUUUAAAACUCAUCUAGGAGGAUUGCAGGUCUCUGGAGCUUGAGCCCAGUUGCUAGUGUUGAGGUAGGCCUCUUGCUACACUAAACUGUGUGGUUGCAGUGAAGAUCUGCCAAAAACACUGGGAAUUGGUAAAAAUAAUUUCGGAUUUUCUCAGACUUGGAACCUUGCUAUGUUUAUAUUUAUUUCUACAGAUUGUUUGCUGCAAAUAUUGGAAUAGAACCACGGUCUUUGAGUAACUUGGAAAUUGCUUGAGCUACUCUGCUGUUACAACGUUAAAAAUUUAUGUACACUGGAAACUUCUCAAGGCAGUUACACACACGUUUACUGGGUCUACUCAUUUGCAUUUCCAUCGUUGUCAGUGCUGGUAUGAAAAUUGCAUAAAACAGUUACAAGCAAGUGAAUAGCCCUCAAACCUACACACAGCCUUUUAGAACAAUUUCUAACUGACUGGUUGACAAAAAGAAAAGUUAGAAGCAGUGCUCACUCACUCUCAAAUAAUUUCACUAUCUUAACAACUUUUUAAAUCAGACCUGAUGAGUACCCGGAAGGCAGCAGGGUACGGAAUCAAACUGGAGACAAGGAAUGUACACAGCUUGAACCGAUUAAGUAAUAUAGCCUAUUUCAAACAUCUCUCCUCUUGCCCACUGUAGGCACCAGCAGAUCCAUUGGGGAAGACCAAUUGGCCUAGUGGUAUUAACCCAUAUAAUGUUCUGGAGACCCGGGUUCGAAUCCUGCCAGAGCAGAUGGUGAAAUUUGAAUUCAGUAAUUAUCUGGAAUUAACAGUCUAAUCAUGACUAUUGUAGAUUUUCGCAAAAGACAUGUUUGGUUCACUAAUGUCCCUUAGGGAAGGAAACUUCCCUCUUUACUUGGUCUGGCCUACAUGUGACUCCAGACCCACAGCAAUGUAGUUUGCUCUUAAUUGCCCUUUGGACAAUUAGGCAUGGGCAAUAAAUGCUGCCUGGCCAGUGAUGCCCUCAUCUUGUGAAUGAAUAAAAUAACAGGACUCCUUGCCUCCUUAAAACGGACUUGUUCAAUGAACCUUCACAGUUCUGUCCUGUUAAGAGGCUUCAUCAUCUGCUGUGGUGAUCCAGUUCCUCUCAUAGCAAUUUCAUGUAAAAAUUUCAAACCCCUUCUUCAACUUUGAUAGCCUCAUACCUUCAAAUUUGUCACUUCCCCAUCCUCUGCGACAUGGUGCACAAUCUUCAAUUGAAGGACUUGCUGUCUACAGCACAGCACUGAGGACAUGGGGCUUCUCUGAUCAUAAAUAUUACAGGCUGUCCAAGAAAUAAUCAUGGAGGUCUUUCCAUGGAAAGUGUUCAGCAUGGUGGCAUUUUAACCACUCGCGUGUACUGACUGAGCAGCUGCUCUACAGACAUGGCAUCACCUUGCACCACCUUCUCCAAAUUCUUCAUUCUGAGUGUGCAGCACUGAAAUGUUCUUAGCUUCUGCCCACCUUCCCUGCAGAUCCACCAGUGAAGGUGGACACAGCCAAUAGAGGAGGAAGAUGAUGAGGAAUCAAAUGAAAAACAAGUCAACUGGGAAUCAAAGCUGCAAGGUAAUGCCAUUCUUUAGGACAGCAGCAUGUAGCAGUUCUCUAGUUGAUUCUAUAUAAAAUUACAGCAAUGGACAGUAGGAGGCAUAGCCAAUGCACAAACUGGCAUGAAGGUCAUCAGUGAUAUGAGUCUCCUGUACAGCAUGUAUAGGCAAUCACUUCCAAUGACCCUGACUCCCAGUAUCUAGGUUAGGCAGGAUCAUAGAUAAGAGACAGAUGUAAGCUUCCAUGAGAGCCACUAUAUUAAGAAAAAUGGAUGCUUUGAAAUAAAGUGAAAUAUGCACUUACAUGGCAUUUCGUUGCUGUGGCUGAGGUCACGUACGUGGUGCCAAUGUCACAGAAACAGUUGAGCAGGAGUGUAAAGCAUUGACAUAUAGCUAUGUCUUGGUGGAUUUACAGUGACGCUCCCAUAUCUGAAAGAGACUGAAGGGAAUACUGUUGUGAUACUAAGGGUAGAAUUUAUCCCAAAAAACAAGAGAUUAUAAGUUAACAUGUGCUGUUGUAUCUCCAUCCAAAAAUGCUGACAGUUUAUUUUUGUGGUACUGUUGGCUGUUCAUUAUAAUUUAUACAGAGUAUACUUACUAAGAAUGCCUUCACUUGCUCCUGCAAAAUCCUGACUGAGGUAAUGGUUGGGAGCAGUCUGAUACUCUGGUGGUAUCAGAGAUCUCCAAGUAAGAAUCAGUUAGAAGAAAUCUAAUUGUCUGUAGGCAAAACAAGCUGCUAUACAAAAUGUUCUACCUGCAGAAAUUUACAUUCAGUUAUGUCCAAAUUCUUUUGUCAGGAACUGCUCACUUCCACCUUAAUCAGCUGGACCUGGGGGUUGUUUGGAGAAAUCAGAAGUGAGUCAAAAGGAAAAAUAGUCAGCUGUAACCUGUAUUAUAAAAGUGACUAAAUUUGUGGUUUAGUAGCACACUGAUUAUUGCAGUUAUCCAUACAACAGGAUGUAUCCUACUUGGAAAUACAAAGAAAAAUAUUUUGCUUAAUCCAGCUAAAAGGAUAAGCAAGACUUGUUCGACAAAUGUCUGCUGCCUUCCUGAAGAAAAGUGAAUUGCUUUGAAAUCAUCUUGAGCUGUAAACAAACAAAAUGUGUGUGUCAUGACACCCAACUGUGAAAAAUCCUCUAUCCUUGCAGGUUAAUGUCCUGUUUUGUAAAUGUUUUAUUUAUGAGUCCUGGAAGCUUUAUUACAUUUUGUUACACU